AUGGCUUCAACGUGUGACCACAUACUUGUGUUGCUGGACCACACCUCUCACAUGUUAAGGGAGGGACCACCUAAUAGCAGAGUAGAUCUGGAUUCCCACCUUUUAUGUAUCCAGAUCCUACUGGACUUCUGUUGUGGAGAAUGCACUAGAAAUCAGAAGAGUUGUCCAAGAUAUAUUUUAUACCUCCAAAAAUUUGUGUGUGAUGGGCUUCGACGAUUCUCCCCGGGUCAUCCUGGAUUGGACUCCAAUUGGCCAACCACCUGCACCUACUUUGCAGUGAACGAUACCCUCACAUGGACCUCUGGGAGUUGGAAUGUUGCUUGGAAAGUGGCGGUUGUGAUUGCGAGUAGCUAUUGGCACCUAACAUUAUUCACUGUAUUCUCAAAACCCUCACAAAGAUACCCCAACUCAGACAUCCAGGUACAACGAGCCAACUACCAGGUGUCUCUGUGUCACUCGAUCAUCACUGCUCUCCUUGCUCUGUAUCUAGAGGCCACUGAGUUCAUCCACUUGGACCUGUUUGACUUUUUCAACCACCCUUCCAGUUUCAAGUUCAAUUUUAUCUCUUGUUUCCUCCUCGGAUAUACUAUAUACGACUUACAUGUUGUCACAUUCUACAAGAAAACACGAAGUUUUUUGUACGUAUGUCAUCAUUUGGCAACGAUUGUCGGAGUGUCCAUGGGAAUUGCGGGUCAUUUCCCGGCACUCAUCACUUUGUUUUAUGUUGGGUAUUUGCCAGUGGUGUUUGUAAAUGUCCAGAUGCUGGCUGACUUCGCAGGAUGGACCAUGGCGGUGUCAGUGUUGAAGCCAGUUUCGUUUCUGGCCUGGAUGAUAUUCAGACUAGGUGUGAUUCCGUAUGUGCUCCAAAAGACCUUUUCAUAUCACAAGCUGUACCCAAAUCCUGAUCCAGUGAAAUUUGGAGUGCUAUUUUUCUUAUUCUGCUGUUUCUCUCUGAUGAAUAUUCACUGGGCCAAGAAACUGCUCACUGGAAGUUUCAGCACCAACAAGAAACGUCUGAAAACAAGCUAAUCCUACUGGACUAUCAAUGCCAAUUUCAUAUGAACUACAAUUUUUCAAUCGCUUGACUACAUGAUAGCUUAGAUAAGGUUUUUUAUAAGUGGUUUUUAGCGAAAGAUAUUUUUUUACUUCCGAGUCUUAAUUGAAAAGCUUACAAGGAUUAGUAUACUAAUGUUAACCAUUAUAUCCGCAGAGAGGAAUUUAAGAUGCAU